AUGCGCCACCACCCAGACCGCAACCGCGCAGAUCCAGACGCAAGCCAACGCUUCGCCCGCAUUUCCGCCGCCUACAACGUCCUCGGCAAUGUCGCAAAACGCGCAAACUACGACCGCGACCACGGCUUCCACACUCCGCAGCACGCCUCCCCAGCACAAAGCCACAGCCACCAACACCCGAUGGGCAGCCACAGCAGCUAUGCUGGCUCGCGACCCGCCAGCGGGCUGAGCAAGCGGCGCACCGCAUUCCAGGGUGCUCCGCCUAGUUUCUACGAGCAUGGUGGGUAUGGUAAUACGGGGAGACAGGCUCAGGGGUGGACCGCUGGUAGCGCUGGUGCUGAAACGGGGUUCGGAGCUGGGGCUGGGGCUGGUGCCGGGGCGAAACGUGCUGAUCCUGAGGAUUGGGAGGGGUUUAUUCAUCGGAAUCCGUUGAAUCAUUUUAAUGCUCGGAGCCAUUUCCGAACACAGGCGGCAGAGGAUAGGAGGAGGAGGGAGAGGAGGAUGGAGACUAGGAGGCUUGAUGAGGAUAGGGAUGCUCCUGAUCCUAGGAUCGAUCAGACGUUUUCAAGGUUCAUUCUUUGUUCUGGAUGUUUGAUUGUUAUGCUGGUUGUGGUCGAUCUUUGUCGGCCGGCUCCUAAAGUUGCUGAUGGGGGGAAGAAAAAGAAGCAGAGGGAGGCUCUGUCUUCUUGA